AUGGCAAGAACCAAGAUUUGCAGGGAUUUUGCCAAAAGGGGAGCCUGUUCCUUCAAGAACUGCAAGUUUCAACACGUAAAUGACCCCGGAAGGCGAGACGACGAUCGACCAAAACAAGACGCGAGAGCGGCGAGACCCAAAAGACCGGAGCUGUCAGAUUCAGAGAAACGAUUUCGAUCCUGGAAGGAUACCCUAACCACAGACUCCCGUUCGUCUCGACCAGGUCGCGCGAAGUUGGGGAACUUCUUCCGGGAUGCUCGACAGUUCGUCGAAGUCGACGCUGGUCUUAUGCAAGGAGUGAUACGCGAACUAGCUGGGGAGACAGGAUUGGAACAUAUCCGAGAUCUCGUGGAGGAGAGAUUCCCCAAGGCUGAGUCGAAGGCAAAGGAAGAAGUCUUCCGGUCACAGGUCCUUCCUCUGCUGGAAACCGUCUCGCACCCUAAGGUUUUAUCCUCGCUGAUCUUGGAACAAGCAGUGGGAACUAUUUUCAACGUGCUGUUUGGUAUCAAUGGUCGCAGGGCAGCGCUAUUCCUGAGCUCAAUAUGCGAUGUGCUAUCGAAAACCAGCAACGACGAGACAACCGUGGAGUGGUUGGAAGUUUCACUGCUCGUCUUUACAAAAAUCGUCGAUCUCAACUCCACCGCAUUCGUUCAGGACGCACUCAAAGACCAAGCAAACAGGUUUCAGCAGCUCUUUCUCCAGAUGACCGAGAGUGGCCUGGCAAGCUCUCUCCACCACUCGCGCAAUCUUCUCGAUCACCUUCUGCGCCGAUUGGAAAUUGGCAGCUUGCUACCAUCUGCACCUGCGAACGAUAAGCUCAAAUGUGAACCGAAGUCUACUGCAACAUUUACCGUACAUCGCGAACCCCCCGGUGGCAGACAUGAUAACGAUCAUGCCGAUAUUGUGGAGAUAGCGAUCAUGCCAACCCUAGAUGAGAUCCAGAGUUCGCGUAUCGAAUACCUACCCGUCAAUGAUCCUGGUCAGUGGCAUGUGGGUGGUCUGGAGGGAUUGGUGGAUCGGAAUUUCCGUCUACUAAGGGAAGAUACAAUCGGUCAGCUGCGCGAUGCUAUUCAUCAGGAGCUCAAGGGGUCAAAGGGAUCAGGCGGACGGAUCUCCCAGGUCCGGACGCACGUCUAUCCUCAUGCAAAGAUCGGACAGAUCUACUUUGACAAAUUCCUUGGCUUCCAAUUCAAAGUCCAAUUUCCUCAACCGCCACGCGUCAGUGAGAUGUCGGCCAAGGAUCGGGAAAACUGGUGGCAGUUGUCGAAGCGUUUGCAAUCCGGUGCUCUUGUGUGUCUCAUCAUGAAUGGACGCAAUGGAAGGACUGUCGUCUUCUGUACCAUCGUGGACGACCAAGUCAGGUCCUCCAAAAAGCAAACAGACGAUGACAGUAAAGAAAGUGAGAAUCGAGCAUCCCUGUGGGCUAACCCGAAUGAAGCUUCAGUCAAAAUGACGCUGGUCGAUACGAAACCUGGCAUGGUCCGCACAAUAUUGAACAAGGUCCUGAAUAAACGGGAUUUCUCUGUUGUCGAAUUCCCAGGUAUCCUACUGGCUGGCUUCGAACCGACCUUGCGAGCACUGAAGAAGAUUAAGGAGAACAGGGAACUACCAUUCCUAGAGAUUCUGGUCCCGAACGGCGAUGUUGGACCAGUUGACAUUCCUCCUCCCCUUUAUGCGUUGAGACCCGGAUUUCGCUUUAACCUUCGUUGCUUGAUGAAUAACAAGGCCGAUUUAUUUAUCCAAGCCAAUAAACCAGUCGAUAUAGAAUGCUUGCAACGCAACUCAGCCCUCGACAGCGCCCAAGCGAGGGCCUUGGUCCAUAGCCUUCAACACCGAAUUGGCUUGAUCCAAGGGCCUCCUGGUACGGGUAAGAGUUACACAGGCGUUGCGCUUAUCCGAGUCCUUCUAGCAAAUAAGAAGCAAGGAAAGACAAAUCUUGGUCCUGUGUUAUGUGUUACUUAUACGAACCAUGCUCUGGAUCAGUUGUUGGAAGCUCUUAUUGACAAAGGAGUGACGUCUCAGAUAAUCCGGAUCGGUUCGCAGUCCAAGUCUGACCAGCUGAGGCUUCUCAAUCUGCGACACAUUGCGAAGGAUGCCGAGAAGACAAAGAGGGAGCGAAAAGACCAACAUCGCCUCCAUUGCGAGAUAGAGGAGUGCGAGGAAGAGUUCUCUGCCCUGAAAAUCAACCAGGACUUGUUGGCCACUCAUCUCAUCCCUCACCUGCAUGAAGUAUAUCCGCGCUAUUAUUCUGGUCUGUUCGGUAAAGACGAAGACGGUUGGGAGACGGUUCAGCAUGGCAAGCCUAGUGACGUGAUCAGGCGUUGGGUUCAGGCUGGGGGACCAGGAGAUGAGAUACGAGCUUUCGACGUGCUCAUGUCACUAAAUCCGUCCCGGUUGUCCCAAAAAGAAAGAGAAGCUCUGUACCAGAUAUGGACGAAAGAAGUCAUUAAGCUGGUGCAUGAUAAAGUCACGCAGCUCUGCUCGGCACACCAUAGAGCCAAAGCCAAUUUCGACAACGUUCGGGACGAAGUGGAUCUUCGCUGUCUGGCAGAUGCUGAUGUUAUUGGAGUCACCACAUCCGGUCUCGCUAGGAAUUUAAACAUGCUGCGAAAGCUACAAUCCAAAGUGAUGAUAUGUGAAGAAGCCGGCGAAGUCCUGGAAGCACACCUUCUCACAGCUCUGUUGCCCUCGGUCGAACACGCCAUCCUUAUUGGUGAUCACCUACAACUCCGUCCGCAGGUUCAAAAUUACGAGCUCUCACGCGAGAAUCCUAGAGGUGGCGAAAAGUACUCUCUGGACGUUUCGUUGUUUGAGCGACUGGUGGAACAGCAGAGUGCCAUGGGUUUAGGUCUUCCGUUCAGCACACUGGAAACGCAGCGUAGGAUGCAUCCCUCCAUCGCCCAACUUAUUCGGGACACUCUAUAUCCUCAAAUAGAAGAUGCAGAAUCCGUGUCAAGCUAUCCAGAAGUUGUGGGUGUGCGCCGAAGACUGUUCUGGCUGGACCAUCGCGAGCCGGAGGCGGAUGCAGCCAAUACAAGUCUGCUGGCGACUUCCCACUGGAAUGAGUACGAGAUCCAGAUGACAAUCGCCGUGGUCAAUCAUCUCGUGAGCCAAGGCAAAUAUCAGAGCGGCGAGAUUGCUGUUAUUACUCCAUACCUGGGUCAACUCCAUCGACUACGUCAGCUGUUCUCGCAACACUUCACCGUCACACUUGGAGAACGAGAUGCCGACCAGCUCGAGAGUGCUGGCUUUGAAGCUGGUAAAACUGUUGCCAAAACGGCCGCGAGAGCUACCCUACUGCAAACUUUGAGAGUCGCGACCAUAGACAAUUUUCAAGGUGAAGAGGCCAAAGUCGUCGUGAUAUCGCUGGUCCGGAGUAACUCUCAAAAUCGCUGCGGGUUCUUGCGUACGUCAAACAGAAUAAACGUCCUCCUAUCACGAGCUCAGCAUGGAAUGUACAUCAUUGGCAAUUCCGAGACUUGUGCUCACGUCCCCAUGUGGGCGCAGGUCAUUGACAUCCUUCGGCAGUCGGGCAAUAUAGGAUCACAGCUGGACUAUCCCCAGAAGGAGGUUGUAGUCUGCGCUGCAUCAAGCGUCUUCCCUGCGGCCAUGCUUGUGAGCAAAAGUGCCAUUCGCAACUGCUUCACAACGCCGUGUAUUGUCCACAGUCGUGCCCUCGUCCGCGCAAAGGGUGUACCCAUCCGUGCGUGA